AUGGACCUCAACAAUUUCACCACCAAAGAGCUUUUGGCGCAACUCACAGCUGCCGGUAUAGAAAAGCCCACUAUUAAAGAGGGAAUCGUUGCUUUCGUUGAGAAUCAAUCACGUCUUGCCCGUCGGAGGGAUCAAUCCAGGGAAUUAGCUGCUAUUGAACAGAAAUUGAAUGAGACAAAUGGAGGGCCUGAAUUGGAAGGUCUCCUCCAGCUCACGACUAAAGCUAUCCUCUCCGGAUUCGAUUUCUCGCUCCCAAACCUUCCAAAAGGAUUGGAAGUUAAAAUGAACGUUAACAUACAACUUUUGCACACGCGUACUGAGGUUGUGAAUACAGAUGACCAAGAUCAUGAGACCGGCCUGCAGACUCCUGGUUCUCAGAGUGAAGAUGAAAUGAUUAUGAUCAAUCAUUCGAUGGGACGGGCAAUGGAGUUUAUACACGAUGCAGAAGAAGAAGGAGAGUUAGAUGAGAAUGGCAUUCCCAUCAUUCAACCCCCACCUCCAGAAACUCAACCGAGCACUAAUGUCGCCAAUUCCCGAAAACGAAAACUCAGAAGCCCCGCACAAAAAAUUGCUUCUACCUUGAUCUCCAGGUCCGAGAUGGAAGCAGGCCGUAAGCCCAAAAGACAAGCUCAGGAAGAUACACAGACUCUCGAGGCUUCUCCUUCUAAUUAUAGACCUGCGAUGCUCGGACAAUUGAAUAAGAAACAGAAGCGUGUUGCUGGAAAGUUCGCCUGA